AUGGAUCUGACGGGAUCCGAAUUCUAUACCCAGGCAGCCCAUCUCCUGCACCCUGUGGUCUACACUACUGCUGCUAUUCUUCUCUUGUGCCUCUUAGCGGUCAGCGUCAGUUACAUAUACCAGCACAGUUUGAUUAGAAUCAGUCUCAAAGGCUGGCACAUGCUUGUGAAUUUGUGCUUUCAUAUUUUUCUGACCUGUGUGGUCUUUGUGGGAGGAAUAAGUCAAACUAGAAAUGCCAGUGUCUGCCAAGCAGUUGGAAUAAUUCUUCAUUAUUCCACUCUUGCUACAGUACUAUGGGUGGGAAUGACAGCUCGGAACAUCUACAAACAAGUCACUAAAAAAGCUAAAAGAUGUCAGGACCCUGAUGAGCUGCCACCUCCACCAAUGCUCAGGUUCUACCUGAUCGGUGGUGGUAUACCCAUCAUAGUUUGUGGCAUCACUGCAGCAGCAAACAUCAAGAAUUACCGCAGUCGGCCAAAUGCACCCUAUUGCUGGAUGGCAUGGGAACCCUCCUUGGGAGCCUUCUACGGGCCCGCCAGCUUCAUUACUUCUGUAAACUGUAUGUACUUUCUCAGCAUAUUUAUUCAGUUGAAAAGACACCCUGAGCGCAAAUAUGAGCUGAAGGAGCCCACCGAGGAGCAGCAAUGGCUGGCAGCCAAUGAAAAUGGAGAAGUCAGUUAUCAGGACUCCAUGUCUCUGUCCCUGAUUUCCACAUCAGCUCUGGAAAACGAACACACUUUCCAUGCUCAGCUUCUGGGGGCCAGCCUUACCUUGCUCUUGUAUGUUGCCCUGUGGAUGUUUGGGGCCUUGGCUGUUUCUUUGUAUUACCCUUUGGACUUGGUUUUUAGCUUCUUUUUUGGAGCCACGUGUUUGAGCCUCAGUGGUUCAUUCACCAUUGUGUCAACAGGGUGGAUGUCCAGCUCGCAUAGAUCAUGACUUGCUGCCCAGGAAGGAGCGCCUAUUCAGUCCAAGUCAACAUGCAGCCCCCCAGCUCCAGCCGGCCCAGUGGGGAGGCUCCCAAGUGCACCAACAGCAGCGCAGAAUCUUCAUGCACAAACAAGAGUGCUUCGAGCUUCAAAAACUCCUCCCAGGGCUGCAAAUAAACCAACAUGCAGGCUGCUGCGGCCCAGUGCCACACCAGUUCCCUACCUUUGAAUGCCAUGCCUCAGCUCGAUAGUAGUCUGACAGAACAUUCAAUGGACAACGAUAUUAAAAUGCAUGUGGUGCCUUUAGAAGUUCCAUUUCGAACAAAUGUGCACCCAAGCCGCCAUCAUAAAAACAGAAGUAAAGGGCACUGAGCCAGUCCAUUUUGAACAAAUGUGCACCCAAGCCGCCAUCAUAAAAACAGAAGUAAAGGGCAUUGGGCCAGUAGACUCACGGUCCUCAGAGAAUAUGCCUACGACGUCCCCACGAGCGUGGAAGGCAGUGUGCAGAAUGGCCUGCCGAAAAGUCGGCUGGGCAGUAAUGAAGGACACUCUCGGAGUCGGAGGGCGUACUUAG